GUAAUCUUAGUAGUCCUCUUGCAGACAGCACUGGCGUCAGUGAGUAGGUCAGCUAGCAGAAAAGCAAUAACCAGUUUUCCUCUACUCUGUUAAAAUGGCAGCAAUCAGAUUGGGCUCGAAAAUCAAGGAGCUGCGAAUUUUGCUCUGCAGCCAGUCAAAAUCCAGCGAAGGUGCCAGAAAUUUCAUCGAGGAAAAUUAUGUCAACUUGAAACAAGCAAAUCCAAAUGUGCCUAUACUUGUUCGUGAGUGCCUCAAAAUCGAGCCCAGAAUUUACGUACGAGCUGAACAAGGCAAGGAAUCUUGGCUUUCAAUUGGUAGCAUGAGUUCAACUGACAUCGCGCAAAAAUUACAAAAAGCGGCAUCCGAGGAAUGAUUUUCAUCAUCUUGUGUUUGCAUGUGUUAAAUAUGAAUAAUGGAGAACUUGGAUAAAAUACUGUACUAUAAUUUAUAGCUGCUCAUCAAAUAGCACGUUUUAGUUGCAUAUUGUUAUUUAUUAUAAUCGUUGAAUAAAAAACCAUUUGAAUGUAA